AAUCCUAAAUAAGAAAAUUUAAUAUUUUGACGUUUGAAAUUUGUCCACACUUCGUUUAACCUUCCUAAAGUGGUGAGAGGUCGAUAGAUUCUUGGUGGCUGAUUUUAAAACACGCAAUUUUCCUUUACAUAUUAACGUUUAAAUAAUUAGAGGGAAAUAUGUUGAAGCAACUUUCUAGACCAGUUAUUUCUUUGAGAAAUUUCUCUACUUCGAGAUCGAACAAAUACAAGGUGACAGUAUGCGGCGCCUCCGGUGGUAUUGGUCAGCCUCUGUCUUUGCUUAUGAAGCAAAAUAAGCUGGUUACAACUUUAUCUCUGUACGAUAUCGUACACACACCUGGUGUAGCUACGGACUUGUCCCACAUUGACACUAAUAGCACUGUAUGCGGUUUCAUGGGACCAGAUCAAAUGCCCGAUGCUUUGGAUGGUGCUGAUGUUGUUGUCAUCCCAGCUGGUGUGCCUCGUAAGCCUGGCAUGACUCGUGAUGAUCUCUUUAAAACUAAUGCUUCCAUUGUUAGAGAUAUUGCCAAAUGCAUUAGUACUAAAUGUCCAAAAGCUUUGGUAGCAAUUAUUACGAAUCCCGUCAAUACCGUUGUUCCAAUUGCAGCUGAAGUUUUAAAGAAGGCUGGUGUCUAUGAUCCUAAACGUUUAUUUGGUGUAUCCACUUUGGAUAUUGUACGUUCACGUACAUUUAUUGGAAAUUCCCUUAAUGUCGAUCCACAAAAAGUUACCAUACCUGUUAUAGGUGGUCAUUCAGGAGUUACCAUAAUUCCAGUUCUUUCUCAAUCCCAGCCAGCUUAUAAAGGUAGCCAAUCAGACAUUGAAAAGUUGACUGUACGCAUACAAGACGCUGGCACUGAAGUAGUUAAAGCUAAAGCUGGUGCAGGAUCGGCUACAUUAUCCAUGGCUUACUCUGGUGCACGUUUUGCCGGCUCAUUGCUACGUGGUUUGAAUGGUGAAUCUGGUGUUGUUGAAUGUUCUUAUGUUGAAUCAUGUGUAACUGAUGCAACAUUCUUCUCCACGCCCAUUUGUUUGGGCAAGAAUGGCCAAGAGGAGAAUUUAGGUCUACCAAAAAUGAAUGACUUUGAAAAGAAGUUAUUGGAAAAAGCACUGCCUGAAUUGAAAAAAAAUAUUCAGAAGGGUGUUGAUUUUGCCAAUAAGUAAGGAUUGUAAAUAAUUGGUCAGUAAAAAUAUCGUCAUUUACAAAAUCAGCUGAAGCCAUAGAAAAUUGCGACUUAAUUAGUGAACCUAGUAAAAUAAUUUAUUUAUUUAAAAAACUGUAAUUUGUAAAUUUUUAGUAUGGUAUAUCAUUUUUAGUGAAAUUUGGGUUGUAUUAGCUAAUUAAGUUUGGUCAAGACAUCUCCCACAAUAAAACUCAGUAAAAUAUUUGGUAAACACAAAA